UAAAAGGGGGCGGGACGCGCCGCGUUCGAGAUGGUCGUAAAAUGGGCGGGAUGCGUCUCACUCGGACCUGACGCAGAGGAGGCGUGGGUUGCUCCGGCCGGCGGCUGACUGGGCGCGACCACCAUGGAGCGCUACGGUGGCGCCUUCGAAGAGGCGGUAGAUGGGGCCCGACAGCAGGAGCGGCACUACCAGCUGCUAUCUGCACUACAGAGCCUAGUUAAAGAGCUUCCCAGCUCUUUCCAGCAGCGCCUGUCCUACACCACGCUCAGCGACCUGGCUCUGGCGCUUCUUGACGGCACCGUGUUCGAGAUCGUGCAGGGGCUGCUGGAGAUCCAGCACCUCACCGAGAAGAGCCUGUACAAUCAGCGCCUGCGGCUACAGAAUGAGCACCGAGGGUCAAUUCCCCUUCCAGCGGCGCAGAGCCCCACACCACCCCUGCCCCCUCACCCGCACUAUGCCCUGUGUCACCCUUUGGAACCAAAAACUUCUUCACUCGAGCCACACCCUCAGCCCUUGGCUCCUCCCAGGCGUACCCACUCGGGGGUCUCCGGAGCCCCUUCCUGCAAGCAGGUGGUGGUGAUUGGCUGCCAUUGCUUUCCUUGGUCACUGCUAAAGCCAGGCAGUGGCCACAGCUCUCGUCUCACCCAGUGGAAGCUGGAUGUUGUCCUGAGAUUUGCAGCAAUGUUUGAUAAACAAAGUGAAGGAGAUAACGUGUUCCUGCAUUUAUCUAUUUAUUUCCUCCCAUCCUGCCUCCACGUGGUGUAAACAUUUACCAGGGAGCAUCUUCCUUGUCCCUGUGUGUAUGCAGGUGUCUCAAGGGUGGUUCUUGGUUUCACACUCAUUUAAUGUGAUAAAUGCCAUUGUUGAGGUGUACACAGAAUGCCAAGAAACAGGAGAUUGGUAAGGUUCAGGGCACAGCAGGUGCCAAACCACUGGCUAAGAGGUAUCUGCCUAAGACCUAGUGUUGGGUUUGUUUCCUUAUGGCCGAGGACCCCUCCUUACAGGAGAGAUCUAGCCAUUUGACAUGGAUCUAGGAUCUAUGCUGUAGAGUUUUGUAUAUUCUGUUUUGUGAUUGGUUUCUUUCCAUCCCAUGAUACCUUUCUCCUCAGUCCAGUCCUAUCAGACUAGACAACUUUGCUUAUGUUUAUGGUAUGAUUUAGUGGCAACUGUAGGAGCUUUCCUCAGUGGCCUUGGUGAACUCCUCUCCAAGUAACAUAGACACCCCCCCCCCACCCCCAGCAGAGGACCUCUAAUGGCUCAUCUCAUCCUUGGGCCCAUCCUACUCCCUCUGGGAGUGGUGGAUGGGGUGGGGCAGGUCUGCCCACCCUGAAGGGCAGCUCUGAGGGAGUGACACAACCAUGCCUCUGGAAGCAGAGACCAUGCCAUGCUUUGGCACAAUGACUCCUCAUCCUCCUUUUCCCAGACCUUUGCCUGGGUGGUCUCCUGGACAUCUCUGUAUAUAUCACAUGGGUGAUGGGCAGCUCACACCCAGGAAUGCUGGCCUGUGGCCAUCUGAACCUAGAAGCCUCCAGACCGCAGUCUCCCACUCCUGUUGGUCUUCUGACCCCGGGCUAUAGCCCUGGCCCCACCCCUACACCAGCCUGCCCUCGCUCACCCUCCUCUGUUGCAUUCUUGCACCGAGUCCCCUCGAUCCUCGCUGCUAGAGAAUGGCCCUGCCCUGGCUGAGGGAAAGACUGAGUGAGCUAGGGGAUUGGGCAUCCCCCAGAACUCCACCCAGCUGCUAGUGCAGGGCUUCGGGCAGGCUGGGUCAUCAGGCAGGGCUUCAUGUCUGCGCCUUGUCCUGGCUGCCCCAUGGUGGGACAGCCAGGGCAGGUGCUGAGGCAAGAGGUGUUCCCUGACCCCCUCCCAUCUCACCUCCCACCACCUACCUGACUUCUCUGGUCUCAUCUCC